UUCGCCCACCUGCCCGCCUCCAAGUCUCCAACCAAGCGACCUUUUCCGCCGCCGCCGCCCCUAGCUCCAGCGCCCUCGCCGUCGGUCGCAGCCAAGCCCCCGCUUCGAGCUUCGCGAUCUCCCUCGCCGACCAACAUGGGUAAGACACGUGGUAUGGGAGCUGGGCGCAAGCUCAAGACCCACAGGAGGAACCAGCGGUGGGCUGACAAAGCCUACAAGAAGAGCCAUCUGGGGAACGAGUGGAAGAAACCCUUUGCUGGUUCAUCCCACGCGAAGGGGAUUGUCCUUGAAAAGAUUGGCAUUGAAGCCAAGCAGCCCAACUCUGCUAUCCGUAAGUGCGCUCGUGUCCAGCUGGUGAAGAAUGGAAAGAAGAUUGCCGCCUUUGUGCCAAACGACGGUUGCCUGAACUUCAUCGAGGAGAAUGAUGAGGUGCUCAUCGCUGGGUUCGGUCGGAAGGGGCAUGCUGUGGGAGACAUCCCCGGUGUCCGGUUCAAGGUGGUGAAGGUGUCGGGCGUGUCCCUCCUCGCCCUCUUCAAGGAGAAGAAGGAGAAGCCCAGAUCCUAAAAUGGCUCCUCUCCAUUCUUCCAAGAUGCGGCAGCCAUGAAAACUUGCAUCCUGCUGGUUACUCGCAAUGUUUUUAAGCGUGUGGAUCUUAGUUCUUGUCGAGGAAACAUCUGAAUUCUAAGCUGCCAAGUUUCAGUUCCUACAGUAAACCUCCGCCCUCCGUUUUUCUACGUGUAUGCGCAUCGUAUUGCUGUGAUAUUUGAUGUACCGUCGUGGUCCUGUUAUCCUUUUUAGCCUUCA